AUGUCCCGAAUAAAUUCCGUGGCUGAUCUUCAAGAGUCUCAGCAUACCACCGCGGCGGAGCCAGCUUCCCUUCGAACAAAUUCCAGUACUCUACCGACGACGGAGGUAAACUUGUUAGGCAUCACAGAGCUCUCUACUCUGGAGGGGCUAGUCCAGUUGCUGACAUUGUUUUUGUACAUGGCAUUCAAGGCCAUCCAAAAACUACUUGGACCUGCAAAAAUGGGCCGGAAUCAGCGGCCAAACCUCCCUCUCUCUUUCAACGGAUCGGUGCUCAUCUCAAGCACAAGCACACACGCAAGGGAAAUAGAGACGGUUCCGUAUCUUCCACGGGUGCCGAUGAUGGCCUAUUUUGGCCAAGAGACCUAUUGCCAGCAGAUUUCUCGAACUGUCGGAUCCUUACUUUUGGAUAUGACUCUCGCAUCAGUCGCUUUUUCAGCGGUAGCUGUAGCCGAAAUGGGAUAA